AUGGAAUCAUCAAAUCAAGAUGUAUUAAAUUCUUCCUCAGAGGAGCUGUAUCCAAUUGCACUACUGAUGGACGAACUGAGACAUGAUGAUGUGGCUAGUCGAGUUCAGGCAAUGAAACGACUUGAUACAAUUGCUAUCGCGCUAGGGCAAGAGAGAACGCGGAAGGAAUUGAUCCCAUUUUUGGAAGAUGUUAUUCCUGAAGACGAGGAUGAGGUGAUUGCAAUUGCAGCUGAAGAGUUGGGCAAGUUUGUGCCAUAUGUUGGUGGCGCAGAACACGCCUCCCUCUUGAUGCCUGUCUUGGAGAAAAUCGCAGCUUGUGAGGAGCCUAUUGUAAGGGAUAAAGCUGUAGAGUCUCUCAAUACGAUCAGCGAUUCACUUACAGACUCACAAAUAGAGCAAGAUUUUGUGCCUUUAUUGCAAAGAUUAGCAAAAGAAAGGUGGUUCUCGUUACACAUUGCGGCCACAGGUUUGUUUAGAAGUGCUAUCACCAGGGUUCCCUCCGAAAUAAGACUAGAAUUGCUAAAGCUUUACGGCGAGCUGAUUCAAGAUGAUUCUCCAAUGGUGAGGAAAGCAUCAGCAACUCAUCUCCCAGAGUUGAUUGAUAUUCUUGCACAACACUUUAGCACUCCUGACAGAAUCAACGAAUUUCAUUGGGACCUGGUUACAUCUAUGUAUGAGUCACUGGUCAACGAUAACCAGGAUUCAGUCAAAUUUUUAUCAGUCGACGUGCUGAUUUCGAUUUUAUUGUUUUUGAGACAUAUCAAAGAGACCUCACAUAGUGAAGACUUAUUUAAAAGUUUGAUCACUUUGGCCAACGAUCCAAGCUGGAGGGUAAGAUAUAUGGUUGCAGAUAGGUUCGAACGUCUGGCUGUCAAUUUCAAUGAUGAGCAAUUCACUCUGAAAUUGGUUCCGAAUGCUAUAUCGCUAAUGAAAGACAACGAAGCCGAGGUCAGAAAGGCCAUAGCCAAGCAACUACCAGGAUUCUGCAAACUUGUCGGUGAAAGUGACCCGUCACUGGUUUUGAAUGAUAUUGUUCCUGUUGUCUCUCAGCUAAGCAUGGAUGAAUCGGAAACUGUAAGGAGUGCUUUGGCGAGUGAGGUCACGGGUCUGGCCCCCAUUUUGGGCAAGGAGGCUACAAUUCAACAUUUAUUGCCUAUAUUUGUUGAAAUGCUGAAAGAUGAAUUCAGCGAAGUCAGACUAAACAUCAUCUCAAAUCUCCAGCUGGUUAACGAAGUUAUCGGGAUUCAACUUUUGUCUGAGUCCUUGUUACCAGCUAUCACGGCCCUGGCAAACGAUAAGCUUUGGAGGGUCAGAUUGGCAAUUAUUGAGCAAAUUCCUUUGCUUGCUAAACAAUUGGGAGUUGCAUUUUUCGACGAAGCUCUGGGCCAAUUGUGUAUGGAAUGGCUUUGGGAUCCGGUAUACUCCAUAAGAGAGGCUGCUGUCGUCAAUCUUCAAAGUCUUACCAAAUUUUUUGGAGAAGAAUGGUGCAAAGUUGAAUUGAUCAAAAGAAUACAAUUCAAGAAAGAAACCAAAGAUUUUGAGAAUUUCAUUUGCAGAAUAACUUGCUUAUUCGCAUUUACUAAGUUGAUUCCAGUUGUUACUCCGGAGACUGUUGCGACGGAGCUUUAUCCUCUCAUCAAUGAUCUCCGAAAUGACCACGUUCCUAACAUUCGAUUCAACGUUGCCAAAUCGUUGUUGAAUGUAGCUCAAAAGCUGAUCGGUACUGACAGGAAUUUUGUGACUGAGAAGAUCAAACCCACUUUAGAAUCUCUUUGCAAUGAUGAAGACACGGAUGUCAAAUAUUUCGCCGAAAAGAGUCUUCACUCGGUGGAUGAGUUACUUGAGAAAUGA